UUUUUUUUUUUUGAAAAGUUAAACUAUGUCAGGUCCAUUACCUUCAGGAAAAACAAGUGGAGAAUACAAUAUGAACCUACAAUCAUCAGAUACACUAGAUUUAAGUAAUCCAUAUAUUUACCCCGCAAAUCCAGUCAGCACAGCAAAUAAUGACGAGAAUGAUAAUUCAUUACAAAAUAAUGCAAAUCAACAUUCAUCAUAUACAAGCUUCAAUAAUACUAAUAAAAUAGAUCCAGAGCUAUCUAAAUUAAAAAGCUUAUUUUGGAAAGGAGCAGGACAAUUACAAUCUACUAUAGGAUCCUUAACAGGUUUAGAUUCAUGGCAAAGAUCUGGUCAAAAAACAGAAGAAGAGGCUAGUAGAGAAUAUGAAGAAGCAGAGGAUAGGUUAAAACGGGGUGAACCAAGUAGAAUACAUGGUGAGUAUGAUAGACUUAUGGGUUAUGUAAACUAUGCUGUUGGUCAUAUUGCAGGUGAUCAUGAAAUGCAAGUUAAAGCAGCUGAAAGAAGAGAACAAGGUUCAAGUGAAAUCAAUAAAAGUAUAAAUGACAUAUAACAAUCCUAUCUCUCUCUAUACGUUAUCACGUGAAUAAUAAUAAAAUAAAUCAAAAACCUCCAUAGCCUAAACUAAAGGAAUAUCUUGGUCAAUUAAUACUCUACUUGCACAUUCUAGAC